GGUUCACUUUAUAGAUUUAGAGAACCAGUUUCUUGCAAUCUGCUUAUCAACAACAGCACAGGACAGAUGAAAUCACCCACCUACCUGCUUUUGUGGAAAGUUACCUGCUCGCAUCGUGUGAAUAUGAUGAAGGGGAAAAAAACUAUAUCACUCUUGUGAGCCCUUGUUCCACAAACCGUCAACAUGUCAGUUUUCAAAGGAGUCCUGUUCAGUUUUCUGAUGCUGUACAGUAGUACUUUUGGGGCCAUCUUCUUACUCAUACCCCUCAUUCCGCUGAUUUUCUUUCAACCAAAAGUAGGGCGACAGAUGAUGGAUCAGAUGAUAUGGAUUUGGCAAAUUUAUGCAGUGUUUCUGGUGGAGAAGCUGUGUGGUGUGAAGGUGGUGAUUACAGGUGAGCCGGUGGGGUGCGAGGACAGCACCAUCAUCCUGAUGAACCACCGAACUCGAUUUGAUUGGCUCUUCAUCUUCUCCUACAUCCUCAGACACGGGCCUCUCCGACGAUUUAAAAUCAGCAUGAAAGACAUCCUGAAAUACGUCCCAGGGCCUGGCUGGGCUAUGCAGUGUGCUGGUUACCUAUUUUUACAAAGAAAAUGGGAGGCAGACAAAAAGAUAAUCUUGAGAUGUCUCACUUACUUCAGAAAACUGGGGUACAAACCACAGAUUCUGUUUUUCCCAGAGGGCACUGACUUUACAGCCAACACAAAAGCUCGCAGUGACAAGUUCGCUGCAAAGAACAGCCUAGAGCCUUAUGAAUAUGUCCUCCAUCCAAGGACAGCAGGCUUCUCAUUCCUAGUGGAAAAAAUGAGAGAAAUUAUCUCUCUAGACUCAAUCCUUGAUGUCUCCAUUGGAUACCCAGAAAACAUUCCUCAGAACGAGAGAGACAUUUUAGAGGGCAGGUUUCCUCAACAAGUUCACUUCCACGUACAGGCACACAGUGCUUCGGAGUUACCGCCAGACAGGGAGGGGGUGGAGAAAUGGUGCCAGGAAUGCUGGGAGAGAAAGGAAAGGCAGCUACGGGAAUACUACACGGGGUCCAAGGUGUUCAGUCAAAAACCGAUCCAAACCUACGUCAGGAACGAGCAGGAGGUGGAACAUCUGUUCAAGUUCGCUUGCUUGUUUUGGACGGUGUUCCAGAUUUGUGUUGUGGUGUUCCUGAUAUACGCCCCAAUUCUACGAUGGUUUUCUUUGUUCUCAAUUAUCACUUACGUGUUAAUUAGUAGGUAUGGAGGAAUUGAUGCGUUGUUAGACAGCGAAGCAUCAGAUUUGUGUAAAUAAUCACAUUUUAGAUUUUAUUUAUAUGCUCCCUCCAAAAAUUCAUAUUGUAGUUAACCUCUCAUAAGUAAGAUACUGGUAUGUUAACUUACAUUAACCAUAAGUUAAAAGAUAUUUGGUUGGUUUAAUGUAGAGGGUAUGGACUAUUAUCAUGGGUAGAUUUUACCUUAACGAGAUAUUUUAUAAAAAAUCUUUGCUGUUUUACAAACUCGCAGAUCUCAGUAUAACAAUCCCUCAGAGGAGGAGAAUUUUAAAUUAUGUUAUUAUUUUAUGUGGAGGUAGUUUUAAGAUAGAGAAUAGUAUCUAUUUAUAUACCUUUAAGACUAUACAAAUUCAUGUUUCAAUACUCGACUUGGCUCCUAUUUGACAUUUUAAUACAUUGGAACACCAAUACCCAAAUAUUUCAAUACAUUUAUUACUUUUAUAUUACCUAGAAUUUAGGUUAUAUUACAGGAUUUCCAUAGUUUGUAAUUGUUUAAAUCUAUCCCAGCUUUGUAUACUUAGAUUUGAAUAUUACAUGUAAAAAUAUGGCUCAUGUACCUGUAAUAGAACAUACUUCUCUGUCAAGUAUACAGCUAUUAAAUAAGUAUCGAUUCUUCAUUAGCUAUGACAAUUUAAAAUGGUAUAAUGUUGAUUGCUUUUUAUAAAGGGUAAUAAAAAAGGAGGAUAAAGUAUAUUUGAUGAAGACACAAAUGUAACAGGGAAGAUUCAAUGCCCUUCAUCGAUCGUUAUCAAUUGAUUUGUUUUUCUAUCAUGAAUGAAUGCUAAUUUCAUUUUUUUUUUCAUAUGCCACCCAAAAAUUUUACAAAGGUUUAUAUUUUUUGUCCUCAUUUGCACCAAAGCAUCUUUGAAUAGAAUAUAUCUGUACUUGUGAUGGUAAGAAAACCAGAGAUUUCUGACAAUUAACCUAGAUAGGUACAAUCUUACAUUUAGACAGCUACUGCUUCUGACAAUGAAGACUCUGCAGUGUUAUUGCUCACCAAAGUAUUCUUUAGCUUUAAAAUUGUUGGGAAUUUGGUUUCGUGAUAUUCUUCAUGAAUACUUGCAUUUUCUUUAAUUUAAUUACUUCUUUGUGCUUUGUGUUUAGAAUCCCCCCCCCCCCCCAAAAAAAAAAACAACUUUAUGAUAUAUCUAGAAUAACGUUUUUAACCAAUACCUGUAAUAUGAGAUUUUGAAGGAGUUCCCAGUCAUCAAUGUGCAUUAUCACAAUGAAAUUUUUUCUUUUUUAAAAGCAUGUUCUUGUGCAUUAGGUUUAUCUUUAUCCAAUGGUGCUCUGUUUAGGUAGAUUCUGAACCUCUUUUGUCUUUGACAUAUAUCAGAAAGUUAAACACAUUGAACUGGAUGUUUUUUUAGUACAAAGAAAUGUGUUCAUCUAACAUCAGAAAAAAGGUAAGCUCAGCAGGUCAUUAAAAUGUGUUCAUCAAAUAAAUUAUAAAUGUAGGUAUAUAGUUGAAUAAAUAGAAAUUAUUUGGGUAAUCGCUUUCUUGUGCAUAUGUUUUUCAAGUCAAAUGACAUGGUAUGCAAUAAGCAAGUUUUUAUCAUGGUUAGAAUUACUUUAUUUCAAAUGGAAAAUCAUGUAUAGUUUACAUGUCAUGCUCUUUACAUAGUUUGAUAUAUAUUUAAACCAUGACUUGUACGACUUGUCAUUAGUGUAAAUGUUUGAAAUGAGGUGGGUUUUUUUUUUUUGUUGAGUGAAAUAGGAAUGUUACAGAAUUUUUAAAAAGUUUAUCACUGUUUUAUGUGUUGCAUAGCAAAUGAUUUUAAAUGAAAUAAAAUGAUACCUAUUGGUAUUCAACUGUCUCCAAUAAACUCUUUUUCAUUUUGUUGGAUCAGUUUUACCAUACAAAUAUAGCAAGUAUCAUGUAUGUUCUAAGGUAAAAAUUAAACAAUGGAUAUUCUUGGUUUAUUAA